GUCAUCAUGGAGAGAACCUAGACAUGACGUGACCUCACUGCCGUCUACCUCUACCUCUCGUCGACCGCCACAAACCCAGCAUGCGGUUACCCUACCGCCGUUCCCGCUAUUGGAUCGCCACUUAGCUCGUCCUCUUACCCCGCAUCGACACGAAUCCGAUCCUUCAUGGCGAAGAGUAGAUAUGACGCCUACGCGACUACCGCCCAUCGAGACGAGCCGCUCGCGAGACACAGGGCUCUCGUCCAACUUCGGCGACUACGUCCAAGUCGGCCCGCCGAGUCCGUCGCCCGCGGCACAGAUCGCGGAGUGGUUCAGCGUGUCCAGCACGCGCUCGGCGCAGUUCAUCGCGGAGAAAAUGUGCCAGAUGGUCUGCUACCUUUGGUUCGCGAACGGCCCGCCGGCCUCGGCGCGCGCGCGUCGCGAUCACUCGCCCUCGCACUCGUAUUCGUACAGGCGGACCGCGUCCUCGACCGCCGCGCUGCAGUUCUCGGCGUCGCCUCAGUUCGUGUCGUUCAUGCAAAAGCUGCUGGAGACGACGCAAGUCAGCCAGUCUGUGAUCGUCCUGUCGUUGCAUUAUAUAUAUCGAUUGAAGGAGCGUAACGCCUUAACUAAUGGUCAACCUGGGAGCGAGUUUCGGGUGGCCGUCGCCGCCCUCAUGAUGGCGAACAAGUUCGUCGACGACAAUACGUACACGAACAAAACAUGGUCGGAAGUGUCAGGGAUCCUCCUCGACGACAUCAACAGGAUGGAGCGGGAGUUCCUUCGAGGGAUCGACUUUGGACUCUACGUGGACAAAACCACGUAUGAGUCGUGGCUGAACCUGCUCAAUGGCCUCGUGUUGGCGAAGGAACGCGAGUCGAAGCAGUGGGAGCAGUCGAAGCUUCGGCGGCAUCCGCGUGCUCAAGCCCUUCCCCAUCCCAUGCCGACCCCUCACGGCACGUCGUACUACGGCUACGCCGCCUCAAGACGCGUCCCUACACCGCGGGCGCGUUCGUCAUCGCCGUCCAGGCCGACAUUCAGGCCCGCGGACGUUCAGAUGGGAUCGUCCGGUGCCCCCGCUCCUCUUCAUCUGCCUCCCGUCGGCUCAAAACGAUCCGCGAACGACGCGUUCUCCCCCACAUCGGCGACGUUCACGCUUCCCCCUCUGAAGCGGCCCGCCGGCGUCUCGCUCGAGAUCCCGUCUUCCACCUCGCUCCCCAAACCCCAAUCGAUCUCGCCCACCGAACCCCUCUCGUCCUUCUCUCAACUUUCGCUCACCGCCCAGUCGACUUCGACUUCUCCCGCCGCACACGCUACGCCCGCCAAAACGGACGCCGCACGGACGCUCGCAGCGCCAUAUCGGAUGGACCCGUCGAGGGCUCAAUACGCGCCUUCGAUCCUGCAUUACUAUUCGCUCGCAUGUUCGCCUACGGAUCCCGCCACAGACGCCGAGCUGCCCGAGAGCCGCGGCCAAACCUACGCCCGCAAAACGCGUCUGCGGUCGUACCAGCCGCCCCAAGCUGCCGCCGCGCCGCCGCCCGUACCCACGCCUUACUCCUACGCGCCGCAGAUCGUGCACAGCGCGUCGACGAGCCCGAUGCAUGUCCACAUGGACUUUGCCUCCCAGCACCAUCGUCCCAAUCCGUACCCGACCUUGCCUCAACUUCCGAGCUUCGGCGACUCGGCGUGGACCCAACCGGCGCGAAGCUUGAACUCGCCGUACGCUGUUGCGCUGGGGGGUGCAGGAGCGGUGGACAACCGGAGCCCGGAACAGGCCCGGCAGUCCGUUCCCUCGGCGCCAUUCGCGAACGCUGGUCCCCCUGGCGUCAUAUUCCAUUCUCCGGCGGACAGGCCCGUGUCGUCGGGUUAUCAGCGUGCAUCGCCUAUGUAUGCGUAUGCGGAUUACUACGGACGCGGGCGGCGGACGUAGGUGGGGGCCUGGGUGUUCAGGCCCGCAUUUCUUACACGACGGCUUUGUUUUUGUUUUUUUCACGUUCAUAUGCGGACUCUGUCCAUCUGUACCGCUUCACGAUCGCAUUCUUUUUCUUCUUUCGUGUUCCUCCCCCUUACGCCAUCAUGCAAUCGCAACGAACCCCAACCUUGACGCUUUUUCUCGAACUUUUGCACCCACACACAACCAUCAAUCUAUCUCCUCAUUCAUAUUGGACUCGGCAGCGCAUAUACAUAUACACAUACACACACCCAUCUUAUCUUACCCGGCUUACUCUGCCCAACCCACGCAUAUAUCCACACCCAAAUUGUUACAUCACGUCCC